AUGAAGCUUGUUGACCAAAAUGAUCGUCUAUGCGGUCACUUACGUUUAUUACAAGUUGCUAAGAUGAUCGUCCCUACUGAGAAAUAUUUUUCUACUAUAGUUUCUUGCCAAGUUCACAAAAUUGUGUCGGUUAUUAAGAAUAAGUUGACAAAAGAGAAGAUGAGAAUGUUUAGAACAACGGUCUUUGGUCCACUGUUGGACAUAGAUCUUGUAUUUAAUGGGCAGCUUUUUCACUAUUUUCUGUUGAGGGAGGUAACAGAUGCGAACCCAGACAUUACAUCAUUCAACAUACUGGGGAAGAAGGUAACAUUCUCCCAAGAUGAAUUUAAUUCGAUAACUGGGUUAUGGUCGACCAAGGAAAUAGUAAAAAGAGAAACAAGUAGUGAGAGCCUGCGACAACUCAUUCUUAGACUGAAGAACCCAAAUGAUAAGGACAUUUAUUGUAAGGACGUGGAGAAUGCAUUCGAGAAGUUCACUUUUACAAACGAUGAAGAUGUUGUCAAGGUUGCAUUAGCAUUAUUCAUCAAAACGUUGAUGAUUGGAAAAGACAAGAAAACCCAAUUUGAUGUGAAAAACAUUUGA